AAACCGACAGAGUAGCGUGUUUAAAUUAGUACCGGCACAACUGUCGUACGUUUAACAUGUCAGUGUCGAAUAGUGAAGAGUGAAUUUAAAUUUAGUGAAGAAAUGUUUUGAUAAAGUGACAAUGAAAGUGUGGAUUUUCCUGACGCUUUUCCUGGCGGUUGAAGCCGACCUCCUGGACCUUUAUGUCGAAGACAUGGACCAGGCGAUGCGGCCCAGGGCCAGAAGAGCUCCCAAGGUGCCUUUUAAAAUCGGGGAUUACAAGAAGCAGAAGCUGGAUGUCGAUGACAACUGGACAAUUGGAAAAAAGCAUUUUAAGAGCAAGAUUUUGAACGUAGAUGGUCUGGAGAUUCCUAAUCUUAAAGAGCAGAACCAGAACAGAGAUUUCGAGCUUGUUAAGAGCAAUCGGAUGCUGGAUUUGCUGGAGGGAUUUGGAAGGAGGAAGAGAAGUGUUAAUAGGAAGACUGAGGAAGUUUUUCAGCCGAGUUUUGUGAAAGGGGAAAUCAAGAGACAGAAGCGCGUUCGAAGAGGUGAUUUAAAAGUUAAGUUAAAUUUUACCAGGCACGAGGUCCUGGAUGACCUUGGUGAUGUCCUGCUGGAAUGGGACAUUUCUGGAGAAGAUGUGGUUACAUUUAGAGUCACUGCUAGGACUAAGGGGUACGUUGGGAUUGGGUUUAAUGACAAUGGACACAUGAAGGGAGCGGAUAUUAUUCUGACCUGGGUGGAUGACCAUUCUGGUGUUGUCAAUCUCUUGGAUUCACACGGUGAUGAUGAUGCCAAUGCAUCUCCGAUCACAGACGCCUCCCAAGAUGUUAAGAUAAUCGAGGGCUUUCAGAACGACACCCACACCUCGGUUACGUUCUCACGGGCAUGGCAAACCUGCGAUCCAGACGAUUACCACUUAACCGAAGAUAGUGUGAGAGUGAUCUGGGCGAUGCACGAGUCAGACCCCGAAUUGAGCACCCCAGUGUGGCACCAUGAGCCCCGAGGAUCCCGCAAGCUGAGAAUCAGAGCUCCAGCGGACAGAAAAGCACCUGCUAAAUCUGUUGGAGUCAGACAUUGGGACGUCAAGUUGAACCAGUUCGCCGUGGACGGAAAAGACAAUACUGUCUACUGGUGCAAGAUUUUCGCAGCUCCGGUUAGAGAGAAGCACCAUAUGAUCGGGUAUGAGCCGCUGAUAGACAAAGGCAACGAAGAUCUAGUGCAUCACAUAAUCCUCUACGAAUGCGCUUCUACAUCCCCGACGUUGAAAGAGCACGCACGGAUUGUUGGGACUGCUUGCUAUACGUCGAUCAUGCCAAGAGAGUGGGACUCUUGCAUCCAACCUAUCGUCGUUUGGACCCGCGGCAGCAAAGGUGAUUGGCUGCCGGAACACGUGGGACUGCCAGUGGCGGAGCACCAAGAAGGCUCGUACUACAUGUUGCAGGUGCAUUACAACAACCCAGGCUUGAAGAAAGCGGUUGAUAGCAGCGGAGUGAGGCUCCAUUUGACCUCAGAACUUCGGCCACAAGAAGCUGGGAUAUUCGUUUCGGGGAUUGCUGUGUCUCCGUUGCAUCUUAUCCCGCCGAAGCAGAAGGAAUAUGCUACUGCUGGUUACUGCGAUACUCGCUGUACCGACGCGCUGCUUCCAAAAGAAGGGGUCAAUGCGGUGUCUGUUGUCCUGCACUCGCAUCUGGCAGGAAGGAAGAUGAGUUUAAAGCACAUCAGAGAAGGCAAAGAACUCCCGCACAUUAUCAGAGAGAACCGUUUUGAUUUCGAUUACCAGCAAUCCCACAGUUUGCAAGAGGAAGUUAAAAUUCUACCCGGUGAUGAAUUGGUCACCGAAUGCGUUUACGGAACUGAAGACAGAACGCGGCCGACUAUGGGCGGAUACGCCGCCACACAGGAAAUGUGCCUGGCUUUUGUGGUUUAUUAUCCGCGAACCCAGUUGGCAGGCUGCUAUAGCACAUCUCCACCAAAAGAUUUCUUCAAGACUCUCGGAGUUUAUGACUUCAAGGGAGUUUCUUUGGACAAUUUGGAGAAGCUCUUCCUGACUUCUGGAACUGACGGAGUGAUGCAACCGUCUACAGUCCAGCAACUUCCAGUGUACCCAGCGGUCAGACCCAGAGAUGAAGUGGACCAAGAGGUCAUCAGAGAAGCCCAGUCUGCUUUGAAGGCCAUGGACGACUUCUUGGAAACUGAAGAUGAGGACGUAAUCUUCACUAGGUUGGUGAUUGACAACCCAGAAGAGUUCCGCGGCAGGACUUUGGCAGAACAUCUCCAAAACUUGCCCUGGACUGAGGAACUCCUUGCUAGGAGCAUUGAACGAAGCUUCUACCGAGGCAGGCACAUGACCUUCUGCCGCAGGCGCGACGAUAAAUUGGCGUUGCCUUCUGUAGUCAGAGAGUUUCCAAACUACACUGCUUUGGUUGAGCCAAAAAGAACCGUCUGCUCAAAAAAAGUCGUCACUUCUGCUGGGAUCAAGAUUCUUCCAAGCUUGGUUGUCAUUUUUGGAUUGCUAGGGUUCUUCUGCUGAUCGGCCAGUUUUGACUUGUAUAUUUAUAGAUUAUAUUAUUUGUAGCCUAUUUAUUAUAGAAUUCUGCUAAGAAGAUCAAAAAAUCUGUGGAAAAAUUUUUUUGGCAUGAAAAUCAAACUUAUCACCUAAUUUUUCCACAGAAAUAGAGUUUUGAUUUGCCUUUAAUUAUAUGAUAACGUGAAUAAAUUAAAGGUAAUUUUGUAAAAAGAAAUAUAAACAUGAGAUUCCAUUUGUACAUAUUUAUUUAUAAGAUAACUUAAGAGCUUACAAGCAUAAGAUUUACAAAAAAAGAAUAUUAUUUUUAUUAUUCACCAGGAUUUAAUUUCUCCGUGUACAUUUUAAGUGUUA